AUGGUGCGCUCCGUAGAAGAUGCGCGAGUGAAGAAAGAACCAGGGGAAGAGGCGUCGUCGGAUAUCGGAUCGACGAAGACGCUGCUGAACAAAACGAGAUCCGCGGAUCGACAGAGUGCUCGGAGGACUUCUGUCGACGGAAUCGAGGGCGAUCUGGAGACAGAUCUAGAAGACAAACCUCAACAUCCUCCCCAGGUCCCUUCGGGGACCCCGGUGGAUCUUGGUGCGAACCGAGAUUCACUAACAAAACACACUAAGGCGGGAUCGGACCGAUACGCGUUCGCUGACUCGCCGAUCAGGCUCGAUCCGAGCUACCUGGACGCGAUCGCGGACAAGACCCAGAUCGUGAGAAAGAAGCUGAGAGCGCCAGGCUUGGACGACGAAGAUCCCAGACCGUCGGCGCUCGACUGGUCUGAGGCUGACCUGGAUCGCCAGUAUUACUUGAAGGAACUGCGAGAUUUCUUGCGUCAAGAUCCUGUCAUGGUGAUCGUGCGGCCAGAGCAGAUCGACGACCCGAAGGUGACGGAUAACAAGCUGAUGGCGGUGAAGAACCUACUCGGGCUGUUGAAGGAAGCCGGCUUCAUGGCUGGCGCCUUUGAAGCGAACGAUCAUUUCGAUCAAGAUCUCGAUGUGAUCCAGACAGCGAUCCAGACAUUGGUCGACAAGUUGAGACCUUUGGUCGACAUGAUCGCGGACAGUCCGGACCCGAAGGUGCCAGAUCCAGUGUCGCCGGCUCCAGUGUCAUCGCAGCGAGUGGAGUCCACUGGGUACCGAUCGUCGUCACCUUAUGUCUCCGCAGCGGAAUAUGUAUCGGAUACGUCGUCUGAACCCCAACGGAUGACCCUCGGCCCUUCAGGAUCUGCGAUGUUGGACGCGCGAUCACGGAGUCAACUUCAGGAACGCAUGCGGUCAGGACCUCGGAAGCAGAAACCCAAGUCGACCGAUCGGACCACCAGUGCCACCGGAUCAGAUGAGUCGAAUGGCAGACUGGAGUCUUACUUCCAGGCUGCGAUGACUCGAUUUCUGAAGGAACAACAGGCCACGGUGGUAACACCUACUCCAGUGGUCGACGACAACGUUGGAUCGCGGGACGUGGAGAUGGAAUCAGCCGGAUCGCCGGAUCAAGAUCUCUCUCAGUGGGAAUACGAUCCGGACGACAUUGAUCUACCGCAUUCGGCCCCUGCUGUGGUGGCCACCGCUGCCUCGGGAUCCACUGGGUCCUCCUUGAUCCAGCGCGUGCGAAUCUCGGCGAUGUCCGAUCUCAAGGAGUUCAGUGGCAAGGAUCAGGACGAAGAUCGCGCCCGUUCGUGGGUCAGCAAGGUGAAAUCGGAGUUCCUGCGAGAUCAGGCUACGGACGAAGAGAAGUGCCUGACCUUCGCUGAUCUACUGACGGGCCCGGCGAAGAACUGGUACCGCCAGCUGGGCCGAUCGACGCGGAACAAGUGGAGCGAUCUACUCCGGAGUUUCCAGAUCCAGUAUUGUGGCCUGGGAGUAUCGGUCGCUUGGCAGUAUUAUCAUUCUCGCAAGAGAUCGGAUGAAUCGCCGUUGGAGUACCUCUAUCGACUGAAUGUGGCGGCUCUAUGUGCAAGAUUGAAGAUCAAGGACGGGGAUUCCAAGGCCCGCCGAGAACAUGUCGAACACUUUAUCGAGACACGGGGCGAUCCGGAACUGGCCGAUCAGCUCACCUUACUCCGGCUUGCGGACGCGGAAGAUCUUGAGGAAGUCCUGCGCGCUCGAGAGCGCGCGAAGAGCAGACAGAAGCGAUCUGCCUUUGGAUCGAAGUAUCGUCAGAAGGUUCCGACCUCCGCACCAGCUGCUGCAACCAAGCGGGCAGUGCGUGCAGUGCAGAUCGCGAGCCAGGAGUCUGGAUCGGACACGGGAUCAGACGGAUCGGACUCGGAGGGUGAUCUACGUCGCGUUUACCUAGCGUCGGCCGAGGACAAGUCUCGCAAAGCUGGGGGCGACGCGACGAAGCCGGAUCGAAGCAACCAGGCGCAGAUCAACCAUGACCCACCUCGAUCGGAUCCACGAUCGCGAUCUUCACCUGACGGAUCGGAGCGUGAUGGAAGGUAUGGAUCUUGGACACGAAGCUCGGACGAAGCGGAGGGAGGGACGUCGCAGACGGCGGGACCGGAGCGAAGGCACUUGAGGGGUAGAAUGAAGAUUCGAAAGGUGAUUGAAUUGUUGGAGCUUACACCCUACUGUUAUAGACACGCGACCCUGCGUCCUAUCACCUAG